AUGCAGACGGUCUUCUACCUCAUCGCGCUCUUCGUCGUGGCUUGCCAGGCGCAACUCUCGUCUACCACCGACAUGACGACAAUGACGACUGGAACCGAAACCACAACCACUGGAGGAACGGACACGACCACCACGGCCAAUACGGAAACAACGACGACUGGUGCUGAAACGACCACCACGGAUGCCGACAGUUACUCGGGCAGCUGUGUUGAUACUAACUCUAACUGCGCCACCUGGGUGUCGAACGGCUUCUGUACCAACACGGCCUACACCAUCGAGCAGAGGGGACAGUACUGCGCCAAGAGCUGCAACCUCCAGCCGGCCUGCAGCGGCUCUGACACUACUUGCACUGAUACGAGCAGCAACUGCGCCAACUGGGUCGCUAACGGCUUCUGCACCAACACCUUCUACACGAACGCUCAAAAGGCCCAGUACUGCGGCGCUAGCUGUAACUUGUGCUCGUCGAGUGGCGACGAUUCUUCAUCGUCCUGCACGGAUGGAAGCACCAACUGCGCCAACUGGGUCGCCAACGGCUUCUGCUCUAACACUUUCUACACCACCGCCCAAAAGACGCAGUACUGCGGCUCGAGCUGCAACCUCUGC